CAAGAAAAUAUUUUAUUUUGUUGAAUUAGAUUUUAUUUUAUUAUAAAAAAUAAUCAUUAUGACGGAAGAAGAUAAAAACUAUAAAGAAUACACCUUGGAGGCUGAUUCUGAACUACGUUUUGAAAUCGAAGAUAAAAAUGCAAAAGUUCAAAUAAUUCUAAUUUCAGGAUUUGCUGAAAUGUUUGGAACUGAACUGGUGAAAAAGAAAAAGUACGAUUUUUGUGUGGGUGCCAAAGUGGCCAUCUUCACAUAUCAUGGUUGUGUUUUGCAGUUAACGGGAAAAACGGAUGUCAGUUAUAUUUCCAAAGAGACACCAAUGAUACAGUAUUUAAAUUGUCACUCGGCUUUGGAGCAAUUACGUGAACAAGCUGAAGAUAAGGAUGAGCGCGGUCCCGUUGCCAUGGUGGUGGGUCCAAUGGAUGUUGGUAAAAGUACUUUAUGCCGUAUAUUACUAAAUUAUUCCGUGCGUCUGGGUAGAAGACCUUUAUAUGCCGACAUCGACGUGGGACAAGGAGCUCUAGCUAUACCUGGAACUAUAGGUACUAUACUGAUAGAAAGGCCAGCCAGCAUAGAAGAAGGUUUAUCGCAAACAGCUCCUUUAAUAUACCAUUUUGGCUACAAGACUCCCUCAGGGAAUAAUACUUUGUAUAAGACGGUCAUAAGUAAAAUGGCUGAUGUUACACUGGAAUCGAUGAAUGUGAAUAAACGAACCAAGCAUUCUGGUAUUGUUAUAAAUACCUGCGGUUGGGUUAAGGGAGACGGAUAUGCCAAUUUGGUACAUACUGCUCAGGCUUUUGAAGUGAAUGCAAUUUUUGUUUUGGAUCAAGAGCGCCUAUAUAACGAAUUAUUACGGGAUAUGCCCUCAUUUGUUAAAGUUGUGUUACUACCAAAAAGUGGUGGUGUAGUUGAGCGUAGCAAAGGACUAAGAGCCGAGAGUAGGGAUCAACGUAUCAAAGAGUAUUUCUAUGGUUCAAAGACGCCCUUCUAUCCAUUCUCGAUAGAAGUAAAAUUCGCUGAUUUAAAAUUAUACAAGAUAGGGUCACCUCCGCUUCCAGAUUCGUGUAUGCCCAUAGGCAUGAAGGCUGAAGAUAAUAAAACUAAGCUGGUGACUGUUACACCUUCACAUUCACUUUUACAUCAUAUAUUAGCUGUUAGUUUUGCCGAAACUACCGACGAAGAUGUAAUUGGUACAAAUGUGGCGGGUUUUGUUUGUGUUACCGGAGUAGAUAUGGAACGACAAGCUAUAACAAUAUUAUCACCGCAGCCACGUCCUCUACCCAAUACCUUGUUAUUGCUCUCAGAUUUACAAUUUAUGGAUAGUCAUGCCUAACACUAUUACAUACGAAUGAAUCUAAAAAACUUAUGUAUAUUUUUUUAUAAAUAGAAAAUAAAGUUUAUUUUAAAUAUAUUUCUUUUGAAAUAACUAAGUA